GAGGUCCAAGUUGACGCGGACUGUAACUUGAAGGUUCCCCGAGUCAUCAAAGCCCUAAGUCCUCCGCAAACAGAACCCGCGCAGUCGAAACCCUUGGCCUUCGAUUGGAAGACGGUGUGGCGUACAUACCCGCAACCUUUUGGGGCUCACAACGUCGAAGUUGCAGUUGACUAUGUAAACGUUCGUCCACUGUUCUCUGACGUCACGGAGUUCACGGGAGUGGUGACGGCGGUAGGCUCCGGCACUUCCGACGCGACGCUGGUGGGAAAGCGGUAA